UCGAAUUGGACUAACAAGGAACCGAUGCAGUUCGCUCGAUUAUGUCCUCAGUAGAUUGUUUACACCAUCAUUGUUCUUUAUUUUAAGAAAAUACGUUGUCGAAUAUUGCUAAAUUGUGAAAAAGCAAUACUUUUAUGUUGCUUGUUCACGAUUCCUCUUGGAUUUGACCUGUUUAACUACUGAAGUCCUGAAGAGGAUUUGCGGUCUGUCAAUGAGGAACUACAGGCUCAUCUUUUGCCACAACCUGAAGCAGCCAUAGAUGACCAUUGGAUUCACUGAGAGUGAGUGGAGCAGGAGAUAAGGUGAACUUCUGGGUGUUUACGUGCUCAAAGACCGAAGCAAGCAGCCCGGCUGUGGAAGCGAUGAGGAAGAGCCUCUCUCCUUCCCUCAGCGACUCCCUCAGCACGGCGAGGGUUUUCGGGAUCCCCCUGGAGGAGGUGCAGCAGAGCGGGCAGCCCGGGCAAGGGGUCCCCCUGCUGGUCAAGCACAUCGUGGAGUACAUCGAGGAGCACGGGGGUCUGGACCUGGAGGGCCUGUUCUUGGUGAACGGGAACGCGGAGCGCGUGGAGUGGCUGCGGCAGCGUUACGACAGCGGCGAGGAGGUGGACCUGGAGAAGGAGGCCGACCUGGCCUCGGCCGUCAGCCUGCUGCGCCUCUUCCUGCAGGAGCUCCCGGAGCCCGUCAUCCCCGCCAGCAUGCAGGCGCACAUCCUGCAGCUGUACCAAGACUACAGCAGCGAAGAGGAGCUGGCCAGAAAUAUGAAGUACUUCCUGCAGCAGCUGCCUCAGGUCAACUACAGCCUGCUGCGCUUCCUGUGCCGCUUCCUGUCCAGUGUGGCGUCGCUUCAGGAGGAGAGCUGGAGCACGGGAGCCCUCGCCGCCGUCUUCGGCCCGGACGUCUUCCACCUGGACACUGACGUGGAGGACCUCAAGGAGCAGGAGUCGGUGAGCCGCAUCCUGGCUGAGCUGCUGGAGAACCAGGAGGAGUUCUUCGAUUCGGAUGACGAUGACGUCUCCACGACCAAUGACUACAGCUCCAUCAAUGAGCAAAUCACUGAGCUGCUGGAUGACGAAAAGCUGGAGGCAUGCGAGGAGCUGCCCCAGGACCGAGAAGACAGCCCAGUGGAUGGCUCCCCAUCGGACGCCCCCAAAAUCACCCAGGUCACCCCCUCCUCCAGUUCGCACAUCUCAUCCAUCAGCAUCCUGCCAGGAUCUGCAGAUAUCAUCGAGAGGGCCAUCCGAUCUGCAGUGGAGCAGCACUUCUUAGAUCUACAGAGCUCCAUCGACCAGGAGAUCAGCAGCUAUGAAGGCCAGGGAGAGGACCCUGCUGAAGAGGCAGUGACCACUGAAACAGGCGAACAUGGCAAUUUGACCAGCUCCCAAAGCGAGGAUGCCCACAGCAGCGCCCUCCAGCCUGUCACAGAGAUGGACCAGUGUUCAGGGCCCACGGAAGGGGAGCAGCAGGAUGUCCAAGGUUCCCCGUCCCACUGCGCCACCCUAGAGGAACCUUCUAGAAUGGAGCUUGACACGGAAGCUCUGGUAGAUGCUGAAAAUAACAUCAACACAGCAAGACAGGAAAGCUGCCAGGUGUGUGAGAAGAUGGAUAGAACAGAUCUUAUCACCUGUAGGACCAGCGAGGGAGCGUGUGACCUGAACGCCAACUCGGAGUCCAGGGACUGUCCCAACCCACCGGCCAGCGCCCCUCGCCUGGACCUGCGCCACAUCUUUCCCGACGGGGAGUGGGAAGCGCCACGCCCCAACACUUUCCCCCACAUAGACUUCUCAUGUAUGCAUCUUCAGAGAGAAGGGCAGGACCCUGUGCCCGCCUUCAAGUCGUGGCAGGAGGAGAGUGAGUCGGGCGAGGCGCAGCUCUCGCCCCUGGCGGGGCGCAUGGUACCCCUGCCCCUGGAGGAGGACACCCAUCCGCUGCUCGCGCGCCGCUUCUUGGACUUUGGACACAGCCAGCGCUUCCUCCAGCAGGACCCCGACGUUACUUCCCCCACCAAAGCGCUGUCCUGUGGGAGGCCUCGCCGUGCCUCCUUCAGUUCCAAAGAGAGUGUGAAGGGGGACAACGUCACCCACCAGCUCACCAAGAAACUCCAGAACCUCAAGAAGAAGAUCAAGCAGUUUGAGGAGCAGUUUGAGAAGGAGAAGAACUACAAGCCGUCUCACGGAGACAAGGCAGCUAACCCAAAGGUCUUGAAGUGGAUGACAGAUCUCACUAAAAUCCGGAAGCAGGUCAAAGGAAGACAGCAUCUGUAUCCCAAAGGGUCCCUGAGGCACCUGGCAGUGCUUCAGUCAUACAGACGCCACUCCUCUUCCUCCUCCGCCCCGAACACACCCCACUUAACACUCGCACGCCCCCUCACUGCCUCUAGACAGGCGCCCCACUUCACAGAUAGCAAACAGAAGGGCGAGGGUGAGCUGACACCGCAGACCCGGCCCAGGAGCAACACCCUGCCCAAAAGCUUCGGCUCCACACUGGAGCAGAGCUCGCAGGAGGGGAGCUCGGAGGGCGAGGCGCGGGGCCGCCGGCCCACCCGCGAGGAGACCCUGGAGCUGAUCCAGCGCCGCAUGAAGGGCAAGAGGGAGGAGGACGGCUGGCCCGAGGACAUCCGGAAAAUGAGCAAGGAGCAGCUGGCCUGUGAGAAGACAGUGCUGCAGAAGAACCUUCUGCACUAUGAAGGCCUGCACGGACGCCCCGUGACCCGCGAGGAGCGUCUGGUCGUGAAGCCCCUGUACGACCGAUACCGCCUGGUCAAACAGAUGCUCACCCGCGUCAGCAUCACACCCAUCAUCGCCUCUCCCUCCAGCAAGAGGAGGAGCCAGACCCUGCAGCCCAUCAUCGAGGGAGAGACCGCCCACUUCUGCGACGAGAUCAAGGAGGAGGAAGAGGAGGAGGAGGAGGAGGAGGAGGAGGAGGGGGCGCUGAGCGAGGGCUCCGAGGUCAUCGUGGCGCCGGACCCCGCCGCCCAGCCGGACGGCCCGCUCCACCGAAAGAUGGAGGACGGCUCCGGGAAGCUGGCCCUGGACCUGCGUCUGUCCAGCUCCAACGCGUCAUCCAUGCCAGAACUUCUGGAGCAGCUGUGGAAGGCCAGGGCAGAAAAGAAGAAACUGAGGAAGACUAUCCGGGAGUUUGAGGAUGAGUUCUACCAGCAGAACGGCAGGAACGUACAGAAGGAGGACCGCACCCCCAUGAUGGACGAGUACAAAGAGUACAAACGGAUCAAAGCCAAACUGCGCCUGCUGGAGGUGCUCAUCAGUAAGCAGGACUCCUCCAAGUCCAUCUAGAAGCCCUGCCGCUGGCUGCCAGGAGCUCGGCACCGGUGAGGUCAGGGGUCGCCGCGUCUGAGCGUGUGUGUGCCAGCCCGCCUCGCGCACACACUCUGAGAACCGCCUCGCCCCACCCACAAUGCACCUGAACUCCCGCCCCUCCCCCCCCGGGCCUCACUGCUGUGCCAAGCCGCGCUCUUACCGAAAGACCGGGUGGGGAGCAGCGUCUCUACCCCACCAGUGACUCCAUGCGCACCUCUUUACUUCGUUUUGCAUUAGUACGGAUGGAAGACUUUUUUUUUUUUUUUUCCAUCAAUUUUCAAGUUCAGAUGUUUUUUUGUUGUUGUUUUUCCAUUUUCAUUUCAUGUUCACUUAGUUUCUCAUACUGAGAAAUGGUUUCCGGGUGGAGAGGGCACACACACAGACCGGUCUGCUUAUGCUGCCUGUCGCGUGUGUUUGGACGGAACAAAACGAAUACUUCCACGGACGCAAGGCAACUCACCUCCAGCCACUCCUGGAUCCAUUUUACUGCCUUCAUUUUAAUCCUCCGAUGCACCGAGUGGAUAUUUUUAAACAUGCAUGCAUGUGUGUAUGUAUAUAUUAUAUUAUACAUUUGCAGACACAUGCAUAAAUAUACAUACAUGCAUAUCUGUAUGCGCAAACACAUGUAUGUUACUGUCUGUCAUUUUUGUAGGACUAACAGUGGAUUUUUGGGUCAAAGAUGUAACUGACCGUACAAAUACGUGUUGUAGUUUUUCUUUUCAAGCUAUAUUUACUUGCCACCAUGACGACUGACAAAGUUGAACCAAAUGAUUUUUAACUGGGUAUUCCUUUCUUUCUCUGUUGUUUUUUAAUGGCAUUUGGAUGUGUGCAGGGCAGCGGGCAGUGUGGGUUGUUGUACUCGAGCCAUGAAAGCUCUGGGCAGAGAACAUUUUCGUUCGGUGGGGGAGAGACCGCUCCUCUCUGCCCUUUGAAACUCACGUGAGCUUUCUCUCACUGCCGCGGGCAUCACGGCACCCAGGCCAGUAACCGUGCGCUAUGAACUGGUCGUCCUGCACCAUCGGUACUCUAAUAUCCUGUUCCAUCUGUCAGACUGUCAGAUUACUUACUACAUAUGCAGCUGUUACUGUAUCAUCAAGUCAUCAGGAUCGACUCGUGUACAUAUAUCAUUUUUUUAAAUCAUUUUUUUAUACUCAUGAACUUGCAGAUCGGGGGUUUUCGGUACGGUUAAAACAAACAUGUCCGAGUAGAGUUUGGGCCGUAACUGCUGUUGAGUAGAUAUUCUGCGGUGGGCGCUGGGAGUGUAGGUGUGGUGGAGUGUGGAGAGGUCUGCAGUACAGUGUAGACCGGCAGGGUGAGCAGAUCACACAGCCUGGCAUCUUUAUAGGAAGCGGUGAAACAUACCAGCGUGCCAGUCACUAGUGCACCCUGGUGAUCAGCACCGCUUUCUCCUGUAGAUUCCUACUGCCAGCAGUAUUGACAGCCCUAGGACAAGGCUACGCCCCCCUCCUAGCUCCACCGCUCCGGGGAACUGUUGACAUGUGACCGGGUCUGCAAGACAGCAAGUAUUAAGCCCUCAGUGUUGCGUUUCUUGAAAGGCAGGGUGAUCUGGAGGGCACGGGAGGGGCGGCGCCCACAAAAUGGCCGCCCGCCCCGGCCCGUACGCAGGUCACGACGGUGCUCUGUCUUAAUCCCCAAUUAGUUGCUCUUAAACGGGACUGCCGGCCUCACGAGGGCCGGUGCGUCAGCUGUGCUCGGGCGUUGCCUGCUAGCGCAGCGCAAGGGCGGUUUCCCUAACCGGGCGCCGCUUACUGCGCUGGAAUAGCGCUCUUUCGGGUGGGGCCAAGGGCAGCCGGGGGCGACGCGCGGCGUUCUCACAUACGUUUCGCUGCGGUGCUGUGUCUGCAUUCCUUCAGUGUAUCCGAGGCGCAGGGAGAACACACUACGUUUGCCAGCAGCCGUUUUCCUGGCAUUUCUGUCAGCCGGGCCCGGUGCCCCCUCUUUGCACCAGCCCGUCCCGGAUUGAUCCGCCUGCAGCCUGCUGUUGCGGCUGCUGCUAAACAUCUGUCCCUCGAGGCUGUGCCUGUGCUGGGUGGGGUCGCUCUGUCCUCUGAGCUGCAUUCCUCCCCAGCCCGGCCGGUGCGGCCCCCGGAACAGCCUGGCUGACCAGCUCGGAGAGGCACGCAGCUGUCCGUCUCUCUGUCUGCUGCUUGUGUCUGUCACCACAAAAGCAGCUGUGCGCGCGCGCGCGUGUGUGUGUGCA